AUAUAGACUUUUAGAGAAAAAUUGGUCUGCCAACAAACAAAAAGAGUACUAUACUUAUACCGAAUCAUUAAAAGCAAAUAAAGAUUCUGAAUUAAAAUUAAAAACUAUUUUGAUUGAACUAUCUGGUUCGAUGUUGGCUGCCUUUACCUUCCAGUAUUCAUCACCAAAUUACAACACUCAAUUAUCUGAUAUUCCUUACUUUACUGAAAUAGAUUCUAAUAAUAGAGUGAAGAAACGAAUAUCAUUAAACAAAUUGGAUGCAUCAAAGGUUAAUUCAAAUGGUGGUAAUAUCAACGAACAAUCAGAUGAUAAUUAUGAUCAAUUAACAGAUUCUGAUUCAGAAAGUUGUCUUAAUUUAUUAUUUUCAAAAUCAAUUAAGCAUAUUUCAGAAAGUGAUGGUGCUGAUGAUGAAAGUGAUGGUGAUUUGUUUUUAGGCAGAAAUGAAAGUAUAAAAUUUUUUUCAUUUGACGAAUAUAUGGAUCGUAAUAAAAAUAAAUCAGAAUCUAUUUGGAAAUUGAAAGAUGGUCGUUCAAUUGUUGAAGUUCUUAAUUGA